CUCCCACCUCCGCUGCGUUUAAAAUGGGACCUUUCGGCCGGAGACUGACCACUCUUUUUGUGCGGUUAGAUACGGUAAAUAAAGUCUGUAAAUCUGGGAAUAAGCGACGGAUAAAGAGAGGAGGAAACAAAGAGAUGUACUGGGACACUAUCAUCAAACCCGGAGACAGAAACACAGAGAGCAAAGACUUGAAAAUAAAGAUGGAGGUGUGCCAGACUGGAUAUUACACAGAAGACUUCAGGACACAGGAAGUGCCAGCUGGCUUUGACUUUGCAUCUUAUGACUACCCUGGUGAAGAUCUGUCUUUUCUGUUAGACAGCAAAGCACCUGGACAGCAGCAGUAUGUCGCAGAGAGCAGCUACUCAGAGCCACCAAAAGCGCCUCACUCAUAUGACAUUAAAGUGAGUGCCAGCGACACUGCUCUCUUCAACCUGGACUCAUACCAGGAGUUCAACUGGUGGGCCACAUAUCCACAUGCAGAUGGGCUGACAGUAGACCAGUCGCAAACUGGAUACCAGGAGUCUCCACAGACAUACCAGAGCCUGGUGCCCCAGAACGGACAGUUCAGCCCGGCCGUGGAGGCCAGCCACAGUCCCUUUCUAACUGUAAAAGGAUCAAAUCCAUUACAAAGUGAGACAGAUCAGAGCUACUCGUGUCACUCGGCUGAACUGUACGACUCUGACGGACAGAGGCAGUCCUCGUCCUUCUGGCCUGAAUAUUCAUCUCCCGACUUCACUGCCCCCCUACCACACCCGCCUCCGGCCCCCUGCCCCUCAAACCAUGGCCCUCAGUCCUCAGAGCAGUACUGCCCCCGUGUGGCCAAACGCAAAAACACACACCCCCAGAGGCCGGACAGGGAGGGCCAGAUGCCAGGAAUGUCAGCUUAUCCAGGUUCUGGUCCAAUCCAGUUGUGGCAGUUUUUACUGGAGUUACUUCUGGACUCUGCCUGCCGAACCUUCAUCUCCUGGACUGGAGACGGCUGGGAGUUUAAGAUGUCCGACCCAACAGAGGUGGCGAAGCGCUGGGGCCAGUGCAAGAACAAACCCAAGAUGAACUACGAGAAGUUGAGCCGUGGCCUGCGUUACUACUACCACAAGAACAUCAUCCACAAGACAGCGGGCAAACGCUACGUCUACCGCUUUGUCUGUGACGUGCAGGGCAUGCUGGGAAAGACAGCGCUGGAGGUCCUGACCAGUCUGAACGUUUUGCCCACAAACACAGAGUCGUGGCAGUGCCAUGGGGUACCUACGGCGGCAGCGACGUCAGAGCACAGCAGUGAAACAUGGGCAUCACAGUAGGGAACAGGUGUCGGGACUCUUGGAGCUGCUGGCUGAGAGCAGCACAUUUUAACGGAGUUCUACAGCCUACAAAGUGAACACUGACUCCUCAAGACCCGGCUGAACUCCUCACGGGAGGAUGUGGUCGCAAGCAGACCAGGAGCCAAUUUAUAAAUGCUGCAUUUCAGGGAGAAAAAAUAACCAAAAAAACUCAUCAUGCAGUCAGUCUUUAAAGACAAUGUGUUGCUUUUUCUUAAAUAAUAGAUCAUAUUAAAUGACCCAUACACAUUUAGCUCAUAAGCUCAGGGCUAAGUAACUGCAGCAAAGGAACUAACUCGGGACAUUUUAAGCACUAUAAAUAGAUACUUCCUGCAAUGUCUGGGGCCAUAUUUUCAUGUGAUGUGUUUCUAAGAAGGAAUUGAUCUGUAAAUAGUGUUUAUAUUAUUGCUAUGUAGAGUUUUGUGCAUUUAUAUUAUUUUUAAAAAAAUACAAAACUCAUGUCUACCUCUGUUGUUCAUCACAAUAACAAACUGAGAUGACUGUCAGGCACUCACUGUGAAGGUUUUAGCCUGUGUGAUGAUUGUUUUGUGUAAAUAAACUGUAUAUAAACAGA